AUGAGCGCAGAGGAUGUUGUGAGGCGAUUCCUGAAGUUGCUCCACAGGCACGUCAUGGACCAUUUGCGCACGAAAAUACCGAUCAGCUUGAACAAUAUACCGAUAAGAUUCUAUUUUGGCCGCCCUGCGAUGUGGUCCAGAAAAGACAGUAACUCAUUCGAGAACCGUAUUCUCUGCAAAGCCGGGUUUGGAGCACGACAUGCAGACAAGAUAAUCACAAUCCCAGAGCCCCAGGCGGCGGCCUACACCGUAUUCAAGAGGCAUCAGUCGGAAUUCAAGGUUCACGAUAGAGUCCUGAUAUGUGAUCUGGGCGGAGGCACGGCGGGCCUCUCCAGCUACUAUGUUACCAGCUUGAAGCCCGUCUCCUUGCGUAGCAUUAGAGAUGGAACGGGUUUCAUGUGUGGCGGAACUGCAGUUGAUAGGCAAUUCUACUUGGAGAUGUCACAAAUUUCUGGCUCUGAUUGGGAUUCAAUUCCUGCCACUCUCAAGGGACAAGGCAGUCGGCUCAUGCAGGAUUUCGAGGAGGUGAAGACCAAAUUUGACGGAGAAAACGAAAUCAGCGAAAUCAAGCUCCUUGGUCGUCGAAUCAACCAAAUACUCGGAAAACCCAGGAGUCUUGUCGUUCUUACUCCCGAGACCAUCCGUCGCUUUUUUGAUCCCGUUGUCACUCAAAUAACCCUUCUGAUUGAAAGGCAGCUGGAAAAAGCCAAGGGAUAUCGCUUCAUGAAUAAAAUCGUUCUUGUAGGGGGGCUCAGUUCUUCCCCUUAUGUCCAACACAAAUUGUUUGGCACCUUCAAUGAGCCAGACAAGCUGAAGGUUAUCACGACAUUGAAUCCUGAGUUAGCUGUGGUGCGCGGCCUUGUAUAUCGUGGUCUUGAGACGCGACCUACAGGAGUCCAAAAGAGUCCCCAGUUCUACGGUAUUGGAUUAGGGCCUCUUGGUGAAGCUACCACUCCAGACCAGCAAAAUAAGGUUGACUCUGAGGAUGACACUAUGGAAGUUCGUGAAAGAGUGGAAUGGGUCUUAAGCAAGGUAGGUCUGAGCUCCUCCCUCUAAGGAAUGCCAUGAUUCAUUAUUGACUGGGACGGCCAUUCCAAAGCACGGCGAAUAUCUGCCGGAAUUCUGCCACAAAAUGGAGGAAACCAUAUUCCAUACCUUUCCUACGGACCCGUUGCUCAAAACAGUGAAAAUAUACUCCUGCGACUAGUCGAUUGGCCCGGAACAUGUCGAUGACCAUGGUGAGCAGAUCUGCCUUUCGUGGGUCGUGCACUGGCCUUGUAUACUGACCGCAGCAGACAUUGACAUCGCCGGACUGACCUUGGUAAAUUUAGCAGAACUACCUCCCAGGUACCUUUCCUCCAGGCAAAAUAUCAUACCAGCUGUCAUUUGCACAACUCCGGGUCGAGAGCCGGACACCUUGGAGUUCACUGUGGAAGUGGAAGGGUGCGUGAUAGGAAAACGCACAAUCAAGAUGGAAGAAUAGGGCUUGAGGAUGGAAAGAUAGCUGAACA